ACACUGUUUAAAAAAAUUGUGUGUCUAUGAAAAAAAUUGUGCUAAUUUUGCGUGCGAAUGAAAGCUUUAUUUUUUCUGUAAUUACCAAAUGGAAAAGUUUAAUAUCACGAGCCAAUGUUAUAAAGAUUUACUCCGACUAUAACUAAUUUGAAGUUACUAAAAUAUUGUGUAUAAAUAAUUUACUACAACCAUGUUUUCGGGGAAGGAUGCCGCUACUAAUGCAGGGUAUCCUACACAAUGGGCACUUAACCCAACUGCCUAUCAAAAUGUAGAUGCAAGCCAAGUUGACUGGGCAGCAUUAGCUCAACAAUGGAUUGCCAUGAAAGAAGCUGCGGCAAUCGUUGGAGCGCCUCAAGCAAAAGCCGAAACCGAAGGUGGUGAAGCACCUAUGGAGGUGGAAAACCCAACUGAUGUUUCCAUGCCACCUGGUGCUGAAUGGAAUGCAGCUACCAAUUCUUGGAGUGGAAAUUCUUGGAAUCAAUGGGGCUGGGGAUGGCCAGGGUCUGGUCCAGUGGAUCCAAAAAUUGCUACAGACCCAUCUAUGCCAAUGGCUCCAAUAAUGGAUGGAUACCCGGUUCCUGACUCCUCUGCUUCAAUGCCUGGCUACACAACUGGAACAGUUCCAACACCUACAUUUCAACAUGGUUACUGGACAGCACCUCAAGCAGAACAGAGUAACGAGAAUAGAAAUAGAAGUAGAAGUAGUGAUAGAAGAUCAAAGAGCAAAAAUAGAGAUAGUAAAUCCUCAAGAAGUAGGUCUCACAGAGAUAAACCAACUUUACCACCAGUAGUGGAACCAAUAGUACCUCCAAUACCACCAACAACAUCUACACUUGAUGCGGCCAAGAGAAGGCAGCUGCCAGCAUGGAUAAGAGAAGGUCUAGAGAAAAUGGAAAGAGAAAAACAAAAGGCUAUAGAAAGGGAAGAAGAGAAGAAAGCCCGAAAAGCAGCUGAGGAAGAAAAGAAGAAACUGGAGCAAGAAGAGCUAGAGAGAAUGAAAGCGGAAGCCAGUGGUGGACCAGUGAUGCCAGCCAAGAGCAAAUUUGAGACGGACUCAGAAGGAGAAGAAUCAGAUAAAGAAGAGGCAGCGAAACCGGUUGUGAAGCAAGAAGUGGAGUCGGUGGAAGUGAAAGAGGAGCCAGUGGAGCAAGAGCUAGUCAAGAAGAGUAAAGAGGAGAUUAUGCAGGAAGUUAUGUUAGCAGUCCGUCGUUCGCUAACAGAAAUCCUGCUCGAAGUGACGGACCAAGAGAUCCAAACGGUGAGCCAGGAAGAAUUGGCCCGGUAUACCUCCGCACAAGCGUCGCGCCUCAACGCUAUGAAAGCAUCUCAAUCUAAGGCAUUCACCGCUAUUGCAACUGGCCUUGGGCUCGGCGCGUACGAGAGCAGCAGCGACGAUACCGACAACGAAGAGGACGUUAAGGACUUGUCCGAUCAACAGUUGCAGGAGAUCAUACGGCGCAAGCGGGCGGAGUUCGAGCGGACGUCGCGCGAGAUCGAGGCGGAGGUGCGGCGCGCCGAGCUGCGCGAGCACGCCGACGCGCCGUCGCCCGCGGGCACGCCCGAGCGGCUCAAGCGGACGAGAUCGUCCGCUACUCCUCCGCCAAUAGAAAGUGCCACUCCAGAGAAGAAACCGGAACGGCGAUUGUCGAAAGACAAAAGACCCAAUCACAAAUCAGCUGAUAAAGUAGAUAGUGCCCGUAAAUUAGAAACAAUACAUGAAGAUAAACACAAAGAACGAAAGGUUAGCAAGUCUGAAAACACUCCCAGCCCACAGAAGAAUAGUAAAAAUAAUAAUAAAGAAAAUUCCACCACUAGUGAUUCUGAAGAUUCAUCGUCCAGCUCGAGUAGUUCCUCAUCUGAAAGUGAACCUGAAGUCAAAGUCGAAACUCGAGCUAAAAAGCGUAAACGUAAAAGUUCCAGUUCGAGCGACUCGCACAAAAAAUCCAAAAAGAGCAAAAAGUCAAAGACAUACAAAAGCGAAAGGAGCUACUCGAAGGCAAAACACGACGAUUAUUCGAAAUCAGACAAGAAAUCAAAAAGAGACGAUUAUGAAAGUGAUUAUUCUAAGUCAGAUAAGAAAUCAAAAAGGGACGAUUAUGAGAGUGAUUAUUCCAAAUCCGAUAGAAAGUCGAAAAGGGAGGGACACGAUAGUCACAGGUCCAAACGAGAGGACAAGCAUAGACGAAGGGAUUCCGGGGAUGACAGGCCGAAGAAACGUUCGAAGCGAUCGAGGUCCAUUAGUUACGAAUCUCGUUCUGGGAAGCGGCGUUCCCGGGACAGGUCUGAAGAUAGAUCUCGGAGGCGAGACAAGCGGUCUUACGAUAGGGACAACUCCAAACGCGAUAGGGACAGGUCCUACGAUAAAUACGAUAGGUAUGAGCGUAGGGACGACCACCGAAGGCGAUCACGAAGUGGCAGCCAUUCCAGACACCGCAGAUGAACAUCAGGUUAUAUGAACAAAAGGUAGGUUUGCGGAGAUGUAGUUUGCUUCUACAACUGUAAAUAUAUUCAGUAUUUGUGUAUAUUAUUUGCUUUACAUGCAUUGCAU